AUGGGAAACGUAGCAGUUCCUGUUAAGUUUAUGUCAAAUAAGACUGAAUUGGCAUGGUGCAAGAAAAGCUCUUAUAAUCUUAAGAAGAUGGAGGUGGAGUUGAAGUUGAAGCUCCUUGUCUUAGCCUUGUUGAUGGUGGGGGCAAUAGCAGACCCUCAAAUUCGAUUAAUCAACAAGGGGUGUAGCCAAUACAACGCUACCAAUUUGCUCAAUUUUUACCAAAAUCUGAACGCAACUUUCGUUGAUCUAAGAACACAAGUUAGUAACCAAAGCAAGAACUUUGCCACAGCCCAGGAAGCAAAAGGAGCAGAUCCUGUCUAUGCUUUAUUUCAAUGUAGAAAAUACCUCUCUAACGCUGAUUGCGCCGCCUGCUUCGACGUCGCCGCCGCCCAAAUCCGCAACUGCUCCGCCGGAGCCAACGGUGCUCGUGUCAUAUACGACGGCUGCUUCCUUAGGUAUGAGAGCAGUGGCUUCUUUGAUCAAACCACUUUACCUGGCAACAGUAUGAUUUGUGGAAAUCAGAGAGCAGUUGGAGCCACCAGUACCACUUUUAAUGCAACAGCACGACAAGUGUUAAUGGAUUUGCAAAUUGCAACACCCAAAAUUAGUGGUUUUUUUGCAGCUACCAAGACACAAGUGGCUGGUGGUGGUGCAAUCUAUGCCAUUGCACAAUGUGCUGAAACUGUCACAGAGAGUGGUUGCUUGGAUUGCUUGACAGUUGGGGUCACCAACAUACAAAGUUGUUUGCCCAAUACAGAUGGUAGAGCAUUUGAUGCUGGCUGUUUUAUGAGAUACUCAGAGAUAUCCUUCUUUCCUGAUAACCAGACCAUUGAUAUCACACCCUUCUUGAAACAAGAUGGUUCAAGCAAGAAAGGAGCUAUUAUUGGUGGUGUUGUUGGAGGUGUAGGUCUUGUUGUGAUCCUCCUUGCACUAUUUGCCUGGCUUAGAUGGUACCAGAAACCCAAGAGGGCUCCAAGAGGUGACAUACUGGGAGCAACUGAGUUAAAAGGUCCAGUUACCUACAGGUAUAAAGAUUUAAAGUCAGCAACAAAAAAUUUCAGUGAUGAAAACAAACUUGGAGAAGGAGGCUUUGGAGAUGUAUACAAGGGCACUCUGAAAAAUGGUAAAGUAGUUGCAGUCAAGAAAUUAAUUUUAGGCCAAUCCGGAAAGAUGGAUGAACAAUUCGAAAGUGAAGUAAAGCUUAUAAGUAAUGUUCAUCAUAGGAAUCUAGUUCGGCUUCUUGGAUGUUGCAGUAAAGGCCAAGAGAGAAUCCUUGUUUAUGAAUACAUGCCAAACAGCAGCCUUGACAAAUUCUUAUUCGGUGAAAAGAAUGGUUCUCUUAAUUGGAAACAAAGAUAUGAUAUAAUUUUAGGCACAGCAAGGGGUUUGGCCUAUCUUCACGAGGAUUUCCAUGUUUGCAUCAUACAUAGAGAUAUAAAGCCUAGCAAUAUCCUCUUAGAUGAUGACCUUCAGCCUAGAAUUGCUGAUUUUGGGUUGGCAAGACUUCUACCAGAGGAUCAAUCUCAUCUUAGCACCAGAUUUGCAGGAACAUUGGGAUACACAGCACCUGAGUAUGCAAUCCAUGGUCAAUUAUCAGAGAAGGCUGACACCUACAGCUUUGGUGUUGUGGUCCUAGAAAUCAUAAGUGGCCAAAAGAGCAGUGAAUUGAGGGAUGAUGCUGAAGGUGAAUUUCUCCUUCAAAGGGCAUGGAAACUUUAUGAGGGUGAUAUGCAUUUGGAGUUGGUUGACAAGACAUUGAAUCCUGAUGACUAUGAUGCAGAAGAAGUGAAAAAAAUAAUAGAGAUUGCAUUGCUAUGCACUCAAGCAUCAGCUGCUGCGAGGCCAACAAUGUCUGAAAUAGCAAUCUUACUCAAAAGCAAAAAUUUACUGGGUCAUAUGAGGCCUGCUAUGCCUGUUUUUGUUGAAUCUAACUUUAGGUCUCGGGUAGACAUUUCUAUCUCAACUGCUGGUUCCUCUACUACAUCUAAUGCCACUGUUUCCACUUCUGUACUAUCAGCAAGAUGA